AUGUGUUUUGCUCUAUUUCACUUCUUUCUAUCUCUUCUCUCCUACUCCUCCUAUAGUUUUGCUUGUCCUUCCACCCCUCACAUUAUGGCCGAUUUAUUCAAGAAUACAAAGCUUUUCCGCGGUGACAAGCAAGUCGAUGCAUCCGAACUGAAAAACAAGAUUGUGGGCCUUUAUUUCUCUGCCCACUGGUGUCCUCCGUGUCGUAGUUUCACUCCAAAGCUGAAAGAAUUUUACGAAAGUUUGAAAGAAGAACUUUUCGAAUUAAUCUUUGUCACCUCUGACCGUUCCGAGGAGGGAUACCUGGACUAUUAUAAUAAUCAUCAUGGCCUGUGGCUCAGGUUGGAAUUCAAUGAUCCCAUGAUUAACGAACUGGCUGCAAAAUACAGUGUCAACAGUAUUCCCAUGCUGAUUAUAAUCAACCAUGAAGGAAAGAUUAUUAAUAAAAAUGGGCGUGACGAUGUCAUGGCUAAUGCAAGUGGUACCCUUCAGGCCUGGAAGGAUGCAGCGACGCGUUCUUAA